AUCGCAGCCUGGGAAGGGCUGUGGAAUUCUUUGCAUCAGCUUAAGAAGAUUUAACAACUUUGAGUUCUGUCCAGAGAGUAAAGCUCCCAAAGAAUGAAGAUCUUGAUAAUGAUUGAUUUUGUCCUUGCUGCUAGCUUGAUGGAUGCCAUUGGCAGCUCUGAUCUACAGAACUGUUUUCAAGAGCAGAUACGACUUCAGGGCCAGGUGAGGCUUCUGGAACAUCGUGUGAAACAGCAGCAGUUAAAAAUUACACAACUUUUAGAGAAGAAAGAGAUUCAGUACAGUGACAGAGGAGAUGAAAACAGUGUCAUUGACUUGGGAGGAAAAAGACAGUAUUCAGAUUGUGCAGACAUCUACAAUGAUGGCCAUAAACAAAGUGGAUUUUAUAAGAUGAAACCUAUCCAGAGUCCUAUUGAAUUCCUUGCCUUCUGUGACAUGUCUGAAGGGGGUGGUUGGACUGUUUUUCAGAGACGUUCUGAUGGCAGCCAGAAUUUUGAUAGAGUCUGGACUGACUAUGAAGAAGGCUUUGGAAAUUUUGUUUUGACAAAUGGUGAAUAUUGGCUUGGAAAUAAAAAUCUUCAUUAUUUGACUAAUCAAGGGAACUAUACUUUAAGAAUUGAUCUAACUGAUUUUGAAGGAGAACGGCGUUUUGCACAAUAUGCAAGAUUCAGUGUUGCAGAUGAAGAGCAUUCUUAUGAGAUGAGUUGUGGUGAAUACUCUGGUACAGCUGGUGAUUCCCUUACUGGUGGAUUUCAUCCUGAAGUAAAAUGGUGGGCCGAUCAUCAAGGAAUGAAAUUCAGUACUAGAGACAGGGACAAUGACAACUAUGAAGGGAACUGUGCUGAAGAGGAGAAGGCUGGCUGGUGGUUUAACAGGUGUCACUCUGCCAACUUGAACGGUUUGUACUACAAAGGCCCCUAUACUGCAAAGACAGACAACGGGAUUGUUUGGUACACUUGGCAUGGGUGGUGGUAUUCCCUGAAAUCUGUUGUCAUGAAGGUCAGACCAGCAGACUUUGAACCUAAUAUUGUUUAAGUAUUUUAUUAAGACGAUUUAUCGAGUUAAUCUUUUAGCAAAUCAAUCUGAAUUUAAAACAGAUGGGCAGAUUUUUGCUCUUCUUAAAUACAUAUAUAAAUCUGGAAUAAUUCCUCUGCAAUCAGUAGUUUUAUGAAAUGUAAAUGAGAAGACAAUCUGACCUAUAAUCUGUAGAUACAAAUACUAGUGCUAGUAUGUGUAUGGCAUUUUUUUUAAAAAGGGAGGUGUUCACCUAGGAAUGAGGACGUUUUUAUCAACAUGGAGAAUUUUUGGCUUCUGCAGUAACUACGAAUCCUUUCCCCUUUUAAAAAAACAGUAUUGUCACUCUGUUGUCUCAAAAAUAAAAAUGAAUUGUACUUAUUACAACCAAAAAACUAUUUAAAUA